ACGGCGAUGUGGCCCGGAAGUACUUCUUUCACACUGCCAACAUUACACUCGGCUAUUUUGUGAUCAGCGUCGGUCGAUACCGCGGAAUAGGUGGCAAACUAGAUGGGUUUACCGCGACAAAACAACGUCGCCUGUUUAGAAACCACGGUGUCAUUAAGCGCAGCCUGAGAUCAGAGAAGUACACCAUGACAGACAAUCACGAAUCUGUUGAUUUAUGUGUUUACGCGCAGACCAAUUGUUAUGAUUUUAGCGAAGCGUGACGUGACCCUGUGUGAUCAAAGUUGAGCAACAGCGUUCAGAUAAUCGAUCGGGUCAGUGUACCAAGAGCUCAAACCGACUCUGCAGCAGAUCAGUAGUGGAUGUUCGUGUUUAAUCGUGUGAUUUGUAAGGAUAGAUGCAUAAAAUUACAACUAACUAGCUAACAGGCUAAUACACCGAUCCAAGUUAGAAGUAUCUGCUGGCACCAGACAUCGGCCGAUUGUAACGUUACAGGAUUUGUUGUUAAACUCUAAAGUGGUCCUCGAACUGAGACAGCGGUGUAUCUUGAGCUGAAAUGGAUGACUUAAGCUCCAUCAGUCUGCUGUCUCUGGCUAUGCUAGUUGGCUGCUAUGUGGCUGGAACUAUUCCUCUGGCUGUCAACUUCUCUGAGGAGAAGCUCAAGUUGGUGACGGUGUUGGGAGCCGGGCUGUUGUGUGGCACUGCGCUGGCUGUCAUUAUUCCAGAGGGAGUUCAUGCACUCUAUGAGGAAAUGCUGGAAGGUGCGCACCACCAUGGCCAUGGGCAGGUGGAGACAGAAGUUUCUGAACAGAAGGUUGUAGAAGCAGUCGUGGGACAGAGCGGGGAACACAGCCACGGUCACGAGCAGCUCCACGCUUAUAUCGGCGUCUCUCUGGUGCUGGGCUUCGUCUUCAUGCUCUUGGUGGAUCAGAUCGGCAGUUCUCACAUGCACAGCAGUGAUGAUCCAGAAGCAGCAAGGACCGCUAGCUCUAAAGUCACCACCACACUUGGAUUGGUCGUUCAUGCUGCAGCUGAUGGUGUUGCUCUUGGAGCGGCUGCGUCCACGUCUCAGACCAGCGUCCAGCUCAUUGUAUUUGUGGCCAUUAUGUUACAUAAGGCUCCUGCUGCGUUUGGACUUGUCUCUUUCCUCAUGCAUGCAGGUUUAGAAAGAAACCGUAUCCGGAAACAUCUCUUGGUCUUUGCCUUGGCUGCCCCUGUUUCGGCCAUGCUCACCUACGUAGGACUCAGUCAGAGCAGUAAAGAGGCGCUAUCUGAUGUCAACGCCACUGGUGUGGCCAUGCUGUUUUCCGCCGGCACCUUCCUGUACGUUGCCACGGUGCACGUCCUCCCAGAAGUGGGCGGCAUGGGCGGCCACAGCCACUCACCUGGAGGCAGCGCAGGGAACGGACUGAGCAAAGUGGAGGUUGGAGCUCUGGUUCUUGGCUGUCUGAUACCUCUGGUGCUGUCCAUUGGCCACCAGCACUAGUGUUCUUCACUUGAAGAGCACUGAAGAUGAUCUGAAAAGUGUAAAUGGGACUUUAAACAGCAUUGGCCGAACACACCCUCACAGAUGUGGUUUGGAUCACACCUCUGUCUGUUUAUUCAAGUUGUCGGUUGGAGUGAACACAGGAACAUUGCAGUCGGAAUCAAGAUUUGAGAAGCACCUCUGGACUUCUGGAAUGGGCUGCGCUGUCCCUUCAUAAAGCCCUGUGGACUGACGACUUACGAUGACCAUACACAAAUAAACGUGAUCAUGUGUCCAACUCUUAA